AUGCUCUUCUACGCCCAUUUCCACCACCCUAGCCUCAGUCGAGAUGACUUGAUCCUUACCGGGAAGAAAGCUCAAAGAGCUAUCAAAAAAGUCCAACGCGACCUCCGAACCAAAUUCGAGAAUGGGGAACCAUUCUUCUCUAAAGACGCAAUCCGAGAUGUCCGCGACCAACUGCGCCAAUCCACCGAGACAGGUCACAAAAUCACCGUCAGGGGACUGAACAACAUGCCGAUAGACUUCAUUUUAGCAACGGGUGAUAUCUGUCCACGCAUCGUCGAUGAUAGUAGCGACGACGACGACAAUGAGGACGACGAGAACAGCGAGAACGGCGAUGUAAAACAUAUUUUGACAAACCCAUGCAUCCGCUACCGAACCCUACAAGCGCUUCUAGACUAUCCCAAGCCCCUGAUCGACAUGCAUAGCGCCUAUUGCAACAUGCAAAUCGCACAUCACUCAGUCCUGAAGAACAAGUUUACCGGAAAGAUACUAGACGGAAGCGAUGCAAUCCCGCCAUCCAAGAAGUUUGCGAAAAGGUUCUUCGAAAAGAAUCUUCGCACCUGGAAGGAUGGACAGCAAUGCCAAUCUCUCCUAUCUAUCCUCAAAGCCAAACAGGACUAUUUCAAAAACGGAGGCGUCAGCAAUAUCAUCUCCUUUGGCAGCGGCACAUUCACCGCCAACGUCCGAAGCGACUGGAAGACCCAUUCAACGUUUCAACAUGCAUCGCUAUUGACCUUGCGCGACUUCCUACGGGAGGUCCUCGGUGAUACCAACGACACCAAAAUCCUAGCCCAAGAUCCGGCAUAUAUCCAGAGAGACAAGGAUAUUCUCACAGAGCAGGGAAUCACAAUCCUCGAAGAUCCAGACGGCUUUCUCGAACUCGACGACCGCUCAAUCGUGUUUUCAUGCGCGCCCACAGGCACCAAUCACGCAGAUUGUGACGGAUCUGUGUCGGCCAUUGAUGCUUGCUGA